CACCUGACGUUUGUUUAUCGAUAAGAGAGCAGGUGAUCAGCUUCACUCGAGCUUAUAAAGUGGAAGCCGAGAGCUUACAAGUUGCCAUUGCAAUCCACCCAAACAAAGCCUCAAUGUCCUUCCCUGUCACCUCCUAAUCAUGUAGCGCAGCCUAUCAGAAAUGUCUCUUCCAAAACAUACCACAUCAACUUCCUUGUCCUCUUCGCCCUCCAAACAAUCCAUCCGGCGGACCACAGAGUCAAACGUCCCGUCUCGCCCGGAAAGCACCAUUGAUCGACCCACCACAGCCCAACAGACUCACAUAGUGUCUCAAGAACCACAAGUUUAUGAGCCAGUCGCAAACGUGACAUCCCCGCAUUCAGAAAAUGAGAGGCCGCAUGAGAUAUCCGCUUCACAUCCGCCAUUCCAACCGUUCUUCACGCUGAUUGAAGACGCUAGUACCUCCGAAUACUACCACCCAACUGUUCACUAUAUCUUCUCCGAUGAUGACACGGACAUUGUGACCGAGGCAGCCUUGCGCUCCUUGGAGCCCGAGCAAAAUACGCUGCCUCACGGCGGAAAGGGAACCUCCAGGGCCACACGUGACCAGCACCCACAGGAACAGGGUGAAGGAGCAGAGGAGGAGGAUGAACUGUCAAAUGAGAGAAAGGAAUCGUUGCUUCCGCCUCCGAUACCUGGUGUUCGGGAUAACUACAUCAUUCUCGAUAUGGACAUGCUUACUCCAGAUGAUAUGCAACACAUGAAUACUGCCCCCGGACAGGACGUCAGUGUCGGCUCCCCGGGGGCCCAAUCCGCUGUUCCCCAACAACAGCAAGAUUUCCAGAACCAUCACCAACAUGGUCAAAAAUUCGCGGUCACUUCAGCCUACAGCUUAACACCGACAUGGCAAGUUCUAAAUACCCAGCUGGUACCCGCCCCGACUUUUGAAAACAAUCCUUCCGGCGAGCACUCCCCAAACGGUGCCCUGAUGUUGAAAAUUCAAGGGACAGUCGGCUUACCUAUGACACUGCCUGGUAAGGAUAAAGAUAAAGAUAAUAGCACCCAGCGAUUGGAGGAUAUGAUGGAGCAGUUCUCGAAACGUUUAGCCGAGCUCCGGCAAGUUAUUGAAGUUGGAGAACAAGCGUACGUGCUAGGAAAUGCAGAUGAAGAACACAUGCCAACCGAGCCGCCAAACGCAGAGGAUACUGCUGUGGCAAGCCCCGAGGGCCAACAUGAAACCCAAACGCAGAACGGGGAUGAUAUGGUCAGCAAAAGCUCACGGCCUUGAUUGGUCUAGCUGUUGGCGCGAACGGAACCAUAGGCCUUGACAGAAGCCGUGCUUCUAACUCAAGAUGCUCAGCCUGGCCUGCUACACGCCGGAAUCUGAUCAGAAGUCAAAUUAAGAGAUAAUUACCUCCAGGUCAUUGAGAUGAAGGUGUAACACACUAUAUCGUCCAGUCUGCUACCGACAUUAUGAUCUUAAGUCCUUGUAUCUAUUAUAGCACAACGAAUAAAAGUAGCACCAAAAUAGC